GGCGGCAGGAUGGAGCCGGAGGUGUCGGUGGAGGACGGGCCCAGCCUGCCCAAGCUGUACCGGCAGCGCGGUCCCUUCAGCCUGCUCAGGACCUUCCCGCGCCGGAGCCCCGCGCCCACCCCGCGCUUCGACCCCGCCCGGCCCUUCCCGGCCGUCGUCUCCUCCGGAGCCUCGGCGAGGGGCGGCCCCGGCCCGGCCGCCACGGCGACCACCGGGGGCACCGGGGGCACGGCCGGCACCGACACCGACGGCGGGCUGGAGCUGAGCGCAGAGAGCCGCAUGAUCCUCGAUGCCUUUGCCCAGCAGUGCAGCCGGGUUCUCAGCCUUCUGAAUUGCGGGGGGAAACUCCUGGAUACCGGUCACUCCCCAGCCACGAUUUCGUGCGUGAAGCAGGAAGGCGUGAGUUUCAGCGAGAGGCGAGACCAGUGCCACAUCGGGAAAGGGGUCUCUGGCCAGACGGUGGACAGCGGAGACCCCGAGGCGCGAUACAGGCAAAGGAAACAGCAGACGUCAGCCUUCCUGCGGGUGUUCACUGACUCCCUGCAGAGCUACCUGCUUUCCGGGAGCUUCCCAUCCCAGAAGCCCUCGUCCAUCAGUGACUCCGGCCCCCUGGCCGACGGAGACCCUCUGUCGGCCUCCCCUUCGCACACGUUCGGCGGCUGGGCGUCCCCGGCCACAUCUGAAUCUCACGGUCACCCGUCGUCCUCGACGCUCCCAGAAGAAGAAGAGGAGGAGGAGGAGGAGGAAGAUGAGGAGGAAGGGUACUGUCCUCGGUGCCAGGAGCUCGAACAGGAGGUCAUCUCCCUCCAGCAGGAAAACGAGGAGCUGCGGAGGAAACUGGAGAGUAUGCCAGUGCCCUGCCAGACGGUUUUAGAUUACUUGAAGACGGUUCUUCAACACCACAACCAGCUAAUGGGGCCCCAGCCAGCAGACCAACCGACAGAGGGGAGCAAGCAGCUGCUGAGCAACUAUCCGGUCUACAUCACCAGCAAGCAGUGGGACGAGGCCGUGAACUCCUCCAAGAAAGACGGGCGGCGGCUCCUGCGCUACCUCAUCCGGUUCGUCUUCAGCACGGAUGAGCUUAAGUACUCAUGCGGCCUCGGGAAAAGGAAAAGGUCAGUGCAGUCGGGAGAGACGGGUCCUGAAAGACGCCCCCUGGAUCCAGUUAAAGUAACAUGUCUCAGAGAAUUCAUCAGGAUGCACUGCACCUCCAACCCGGACUGGUGGAUGCCUUCCGAGGAGCAGAUCAAUAAGGUAUUCAGUGACGCGGUGGGACACGCCCGCCAGGGCCGGGCCGUGGGGACCUUCCUGCACAACGGCCACUCGUACUUCGAGGGGAUGGAGCCCCGGCCCCCCCCCGGACGAUGGCGUCUUCGGUGGCGGCUCCCGCGGUGGCGGCUGUGGGGACUGACCGGAACCGAAGCCGAUCCAUUCGGUCCAGCGGGCGCGGCCGGCCGGUGGCCGGUUGCAGAGCCGGGAGUGGGAGACGCGCCGUUUGCUCGUCGACCGCUGUCAGUUCCCAGGGUCCGGAGCUCUUCACCUCCGUCAUACUUCAGAACGCCGCCCACCCCCGUCGCCUUCUCUUUCUCUUUCCCCUCCCUCCCGCCACGGUCUCCCCCACUGCUGACUUUCUUUCUCCCCCCGCCCUCCCCGCCACGGUCUCUCACCCUAGCAUCCUCGUUCCGACUUGUGGAGGGGAAUUUCUUGGUGCCUAUUUCCAACUUUCCACUAAGUCCUAUACAGAAAACCACAAUGGAUUCUUAGGGCUUGAAUGACAGGGUGGAGAAAUCUGAGAAGUCACGGGAAUCUUUCUGAAAAUCUUUCCCAGCGAGCCAGCCAGUCAGCCCACCAAGCUCGGGGCAGCUUGUGGGAGCGGAGUGGGGGCCGGGGAGAGGAGCUCAGUGAUUUAAUCCUUGGGGACGGCCGGGGGAGAAUCAGGCAGACCCCAGCCACGUCCCCGGUCCCUCCGGUUCAGCUGGUUCCCCGAGCCCAGCCGGCUGUGGGCGGAGGGCCUGGGACGGAGGGCUGUCCGGUUUACUAUGCAACAGCCUCCUCGACAGUCCCCUAAACGAGACCCUCUCUGCACGCCCUCCGCUCUUUCCUGAAGGCGGGCCGCUGGCCGGGGCAGGGAGGGCAGCGAGGCCAGCUCCCUGCCGUGGAUGGGGCAACCGGGAUGUGCCAUCCGAUCCUGGGCACCGUGGGGGAGACUGGCAGGGGUGGUCGGCACCCUCGUUUCCCGGGGCCGGUCACCACGGCACCCUGGAAAGGGGCUGGGGCUGGGGGCUGCGUUUCUGAGCGAGUGGUGCGGGUGGGGAGUCUGACGGUGAUCCCUUUUCGUCACCCCCUGGUCGGUGGGGCCUGCCCGCAGACACCCUGGGGAGUGGGGCCCGCUGUUCUGCCAUCAGUGGCCCAACACAUUAGCCUCAAUUUCCACUGGACUUGUAAAAUGACCAAGUUUUACCCUUCGAAGUGACCGGUGUCUGUGACUGCCAGGGGCACCGCCAAAGGAGUUGGGGACAAGGAGCGCAUCUGGCAGAAGGGGCCCAGCCAAAGGUGGUGGGUUUGACCAAGGAAACCUCUGUUGUGGCCUUUUUCCAGCAAGCAGGUGGGGAAGGCAGGGCGGAGGGGAGGGUCCGCUGCUGACUCUCUCCGGCCUUGCCGGAUGGGGCCCCAGGGCCCCGUUCUUCCUCUCCCAGGUUGCCCCUGCUGCUGGGGGUGGAUCCAGUUGGUACGGCUGGAGCUGAUAAAGCCUUUGGAUUGCAGCUCCAGCGCUCUAGGGGGACUCUGCCUCUUUAUCCCUUGGGCGGCCCGAUGCCUUGUUCAACCAGCCCAUUUCCCACCCCCCUCUGCCACCUGCCUUCCUCGGCGCCUGCUCCCCUCCUCCCCCACAACCUGGCCGAGUUCAGCUCUGGAGCGGGCAAGUGGAAUCCCGCUCCAGAAAUCCCAUUUCCACUGCCUGUUCCAAUGAAUGUCAUGACCAAGUGCCCCAAAGCCCCCCGAUGCCCCCGCCCUCCCCAGCCUCCAGUGUGGUGGAGACAGACUGGAGGCUUGCUGGCAGGGGCACGCCCCUUUCCCUUUCCCCUCCCCAGUAUAAGCUCUCAGACCUUGCACAGUCGAUACCUCUUUUCUUCAUUUUGGGCCUUCUGGUUCCUCACACAUUCAAGCCGUUCCUCGCCCUCGGAGCACCUUGGUGUUUUUGGCAGGAGGCCGGGCGUGUGGUCGCAUCCCACUGAGGGCAGAGUCCCCCGCUGGAUCGCCGUGGGUAGUAGCUCCGAUGGUCCCGUGGUCCCAUUGCUAGCAACUCAGCAGGAAGCAGCCGCGUGGGCUGGAGGGGAGGAUUUACCGCUGUGUGUUUACCAUGCGAGCCGACUCUCGCCGAGACUCCUCCUUGGUGCGCGUCCUACGCUUAGAAGGCUUGCGCUCGAACGGUCCCGUCAACCAUCCCGCGGGUGGAUCGUGAUGGUGUCUUUUUGUAAACUCUGUGGUGGGUGGCUUCUCACAAAUGUUUGUGUGGGUUAGGGAUGGGUGGGGAGGGGGCGAUCAGGGUGGUCAUUUCUUUGGGAGGACCGCGGCUCGUGCGCGGCCCCGAGAUGGGGCCGGGUCCCUCGUCUCCACGAGGAGGAGCGUAAGGGGCAGAGAGCACGGUUGCCCUGGAGAGCUGCGGGGGGCAGAGAACCUGCCCUCGGCUGUUCAAUGCAGGGCGUUUCCUUGGUGAGUCCUCUGCACCUUGUCCAGUGCAGCUGCCCAGGACCUGGGUCUGGGCACCAACUUGGGCCAAGGCGGCCAAACCGAGGAAGGGGUGGAGCCGGCGUGAAGGCUCCAGAGCAAAUGAGGAAUGGUUAAUCCAAGGCACCCGUGUCUGUGUCCCGUCCCGUGUGUCACCCCCCCAACCCGUGCCAGCAUUCCCUUGCCAUGGGCUAGGAGGCCGGCUCACUGGUCUGGGAGUCCAGGGAAGUGGGGCUGUGGUGAUCACCUCCCCUGGAAGUCCCCACCCCUUGUGUCCUCAUAGGUAGUCCCUGUCGGGCCCAGGAAAGGAGGGAAAGCUGCUACCAGUCACUGUGAGAAAGGGCCUGGGCACCCGCCCAGCCCCCCUCAGCAUUUUCCCACCUUUGCGGGUGGGAGCCCCGGGGCUCUGUGGCAGAAGGGGCCGGGCCGAGGCGGUGGCCCGGAAGCCACCCCCACCCCACCUCCCACACUCCUCCCCUCCAGCACUCGAUGUAGCCAGUGCCCACCUGUGCCCUUGCCUGGGUUCCACUGUGACAACCCCUUGAAGCCCUUGUUUCUGUCGCUUCGGGGCGGGGGCCGCCGAAUCGUUUCUGUGGCUUGUGCUGUGCGCGUGGGUGGGCAGGUCCGCGGCUGAACCGGGCCCGUGUCUAGACUAGUCGUCUUUGGUGACCAGUUCCUAGGAAGUGAGAGUUGUUUUCUAGAUGUCAGGUGCAUUCCUUCUAGAAACUAAAGGGUGUUUUCACGGUUUUUUAAAGCGGCAGUAUUUUUAAUUCUCAGAGACCUUUGUUACUAGAGCUGGCUAUUUCAGGUGUCUUAGCCCUAAUUUGAGCAUUGGUUUUAUGACUCCACAUACCUCUAGACUGCCAUGUGUUCUGUUGCCAAAAAUGCCCAAUAAACGUCACGUCUGGUUUGUGUGUUCUCA